AAAAUUCCAUCCGUGUAUGUCGUAGUGUUGAAAGAAAGUUUACCUUUGCGCUGUUGAGUAUUGUCUAAAUCACUAUUCUCACAAACAAGAAACUAUAGUGUGUCAAAAAUGUGAGUCAGUUUGUACUUUGUACCAAGAUGAUUACAAACAAAAUAUAUAUAGUCGUCACAGGUUGUCCUGCCAACUAUACUGCUGAUAAAACCGCAUGAAAAACACGUCAAAAAUGGACAGUCAAACAUCUGCUUGGAGAGAUUUACCCUUCACGCCCUUCACCUUUGUACUUAUAUUCAUCUGUCCUUGUGUGAACAACUGUUUUAAGAAGCGAGAAGAAGUUCAACCUGUACACACUAGAAUGUAUGAAGAAAUCUGGGCAUUUUCAGAAAGUGUUGACAAGUUACCUGAGUGUCCUAUAAGCAGGGAAAGUUUGUCGAGGAGUGAUAACCUGCGGUUGAUGUAAUUAGUGCAGGGGAGUAUGUAAUGGGCGACUGGUUCGGUCAUUGACUUUUCUACUUACGGUAGAUUUUCCAUCUGUCCUUAUGUUUACAACUGCUGUAAGAAGCGAGAAGAAGUUGAACUUGUACAUACUAAAAUGUAUUAAUCCAGUAUGCAGAUGCGUUCUAAUAUCAAAAAUUGCACCUUAUAUCUAUUGCUGCUACCUGUACUUAUCUUGUUUGAUCGAUCAGAAAUGUAGAAAAAUGUCAUUCAUUAAUUCAUUAAAAACCGGUCCUUCUGGCUAGUAAUGCCGGUUACGCCCAUAGUUGUCAUAGCUGAUAGAUGUCAGUUGAGUUUUGAAGAUUGUACACGGACACGUACGUUAGAGUUUAUACUUUUUCCCGUACGUGUUGGAAUACUCAGAACACCACAGUGUGAAGACAACGUCUCGGACUGCGCUAACAGCAGGGCCUUCAAGAUGGAGAAAGCCACGUCCAGCAUAAUGAGACCUACCAUAAAAUCAUGGGGUUUUGUUCUCAUGGUUCUUUUCUUCAUUGGGCUCUGCGGGAUGUAUAGAAACAGGUUUAUGAAAGACACCCUAGUCCAUUCCAGGCAGCCACAUUACAGGAUUAUAAACAGGACGUUUACAAGUGAGGGCGCCUGUGAAGCCAAGCGAAACUUCAUGUUCGUUAAAGUGCACAAGGCUGGGGGCACGACAGCCACCUGCAUCUUCCAACGCUUCGGUUACGAACACAACCUGACCUUCGUUCUGCCUGUCAUCAAGAGUGACGUCGGUUGGCCCAACUUCUUGAGACAAGAAGACUUCAUACCGUCUGCAGACGGUACUUAUAACGUUCUAGUCGACCACACGGUUUACAAUAGGCAGUUGUUGGACCAUCUCAUGCCCACUGACACUGUGUACAUCUCUAUCCUUAGGCAGCCACUUUCUCAUCUUCGGUCUGUGUUCAACUGGUAUGGCCUUGCUAAGAAAAUAAAAGGUUUGGGCCGUUCAGAUCCGGUAGCGUCCUUCAUAAAAAGUCCAAACAAAUUUCACGUCCCAUACGUCAAAGCAGAUAGCCAUACAAGAUAUAUGCCAUUUACCCUUGAAAAGAAUUUCAUGGCGUAUGACCUUGGCUUUCCUCUUGGACUGUCUGACAGCCAAUCGUCCAUUGAUGAGUUUAUCGAAACGCUGUCCAGAGAAAUUGACCUGGUUCUCAUUUUAGAACAUAUGGACGAAUCUCUUGUCUUGCUGAGGAGGAGGAUGUGUUGGACCUUAAAAGACAUUCUUUAUAACGUCGCACCCAAAAACCUUAAGAAAUAUAAGAAAACACCAAUGAGCGCGGCCUUGCUGAAUCAGCAUCGCCGAUGGAGCAAUGUAGAUUAUCAGCUGUACGAUCACUUUAAAGCUACACUUUGGCAAAAGAUACAAAAAGAAGGCGCCGAUUUUCCACACGAAGUGCACCAUUUUCAAAACGUGCUGAAACAAACGACUAUCUUUUGUUCCAAAGCAAUGGUGAAAGUACCCGUUUAUGACAAAAAACACAAAAAAGUUGUUAGGUGGACAAUUAAGUUGGAUUUGAAAGCUGGCAAACUGACCAUUCCAAAGACGGCGUGGCAUGAAGAAUUUGACAUAGACCCGACUCUGUGUAUCAAACUAAAAAUGGAGUGGCACGAUUGGUCGCAUGUUUUAAAAAAGAAGCACAAAAUGCCUCAAAAUUUAUCUUCCGGUGUCAGAAGGGCCAUCUCAUGGACAAACACCAAAGUUCUGGAUAAAUCUCUACUGCUACAGAUUUUUCACGUUGAUUAG